AUGAUGGGUCAGCAAGAAAAGGCAUUCAAGUAUUCAACGCUGGACGACUUGGAAGACCUACAGGAAUUUCCAUUUCUUGCGGAAGCUAAAACAUCCAAGUUACUUCCUCUGGCGGCAUUCAUAGAAGAAGCCAAAUGGAAGAGGCCCAGUUGGACAAAAAAUGACCUGAUGCAGAAACAAGAAGCUCACAAUAUGACUUGCACUCAUUUUCGCAUCCAGGGACAGGGUUUAAAGAAAGGCGUCAAUAUUGGGGCUAGUUGGUUGGAGUGA